AGGCACCAUAAUAGGUUGUUUUGUUAACCGAAGCACCUCUCUCUGGUUCUCACUCUCAAAACCUCCACCCACUCCACUUUUCUCAUCACCAUUCUCCCCUGAUUCAUCGAUUUCGUACAUUCGAUCAAUCCCCAUCUUAAUCUAAAAAAACCCAUUAAAUUAAACCUAAAAAGCUAUGGACUUUAUAGAAUUAGAAGGAAUUGAAGGUCUAAGAUGGUCAUGGAAUUCAUGGCCAACUUCAAAAUCAGAAGCAAAUUCUUUGGUAAUCCCACUUUCUAUUAUGUGUACUCCUUUAUCUUUGAUGCAAUCAUCUGAAUUGCCUGUGCUUGCAUAUGAACCUUUAAUCUGUAUCUCUUGUGAAGCAGUAUUAAACCCAUAUGCUCGUGUAGAUUAUCAAUCAAAGAUUUGGCAUUGCCCUUUUUGUCAUCAUAAAAAUGGGUUCCCUAAAUCUUAUUCUGGGAUUGGUGAAAAUAAUCUUCCUGCUGAAUUAUUUCCUACUUAUAGUGCUGUUGAGUAUCAUUAUAAUUCAGGGGGGAAUAGUAAUAAUAAUGGGUUGUCUUCAGCGAGCUCCAAUUUGCUGGCAGCGGCGGCUGAGGCGAAAGUGGGGCCUGCGUUUGUGUUUGUGGUGGAUGUUUGUACACCUGAGGAAGAUCUUAGAGCACUUAAGAAAGAGUUGUUGCUUGCUGUUUCGCAGUUGCCGGAAAAUGUGGUUUUGGGAUUGGUUAGUUUUGAUUCAAUGGUGAAAGUUCAUGAUUUGAGUUAUGGUGAGUGUAAUAGGGUUGUGCUUUUCCAUGGUCAAAGGGAUCUUACUUCUACUCAGAUUCAAAAAUUCCUUCGAUUUCAAAGCAUGAAACAACCUUAUCUUGGAAAGGCAGCGGCUGUCCAAAAACAAGGUUUUCUGCUGCCAGUGUCAGAAUGUGAGUUUAAUUUCACGUCAGCGAUUGAAGAGCUUUGUUCUUCAGGAGUGGUUGUGUCUGGUCAUCGACCUUUGAGGGCCACUGGAACAGCUAUAUCUGUUGCCGUUGGACUUAUAGAAGGAUGUAUGAUGAGAACAGGUUCUAGGAUCAUGGUCUUUACAUCUGGGCCAGCAACUAUUGGCCCUGGAAUUGUAGUGGGGUCUGAUUGUAAUUAUUCGAUAAGAAAUCACCGAGACUUGAUUAAUGGUCAUGCACCCUUUUUUGACAAGUCGUGUAGUUUUUAUAAAAAAAUAUCCCAGCGUUUAUGCGAUGCAUCCAUAGUUCUUGAUCUGUUUGCUUGUUCUUUGGAUCAAGUGGGAGCAGCAGAGCUAAAAGCUCCUGUUGAGAGCUCGGGUGGUUUUAUGAUGCUUGGGGAAUUAUUUGAGUCAGAGCAGUUUCGGAAAUGUCUGUGCCACCUAUUCAAAUGUGACAACAAUGGAAAUCUGACGAUGUGUUUUGAUGCAUCUAUAGAAGUGGUUACAACUAAAGAUGUCAAAGUUUGUGGGGCCCUUGGUCCAUGUGUGUCACUUCGGAGGAAGAAUGCUCUAGUGAGUGACAAUGAGAUAGGGGAAGGUUCUACUAAUGCUUGGAAGUUGUGUUCUCUUACAAAUAAGACAAGCAUUGCAUUUUUCUUUGAAGUCAAUGACUGUCAGAGAGUUGAACCUGGUUCAGCGUUUUUUAUUCAGUUUAUUACUCGGUAUAGAUACGGAGCAAGUGGGAUUCGGAGAAGGGUGACAACAGUAGCUAGAAGGUGGGUGGGCAAGAAUUCGCCCGAGAUUUCUGCUGGAUUCGAUCAAGAAGCUGCAGCCACAAUCAUGGGUAGGCUUGCUAUUUACAGAGCAGAGAGACAUUAUGUUAGAGAUGUAAUCAGGUGGCUGGAUGAUAAUUUGAUACGAUUUGCUUCCCUGUUUGGAGACUACAUCCAGGAAGACCCAUCUUCUUUUCGCCUUUCAUCGAACUUCUCUUUGUACCCACAAUUUAUGUAUUAUCUAAGAAGAUCUCAGUUUAUUAAUGUAUUUAAUAGCUCACCAGACGAGACAGCUUUCUUUAGACUGAUGUUGAAUCGCGAAGGGGUGGUGGGUUCUCUUAUCAUGAUUCAACCAACACUUUUCCAAUAUUCAUUUGACGGUCCACCUAUUCCGGUCCUCUUAGAUAUUUGCUCGGUGUCUCCUGAUGUUAUUUUGCUUUUUGAUUCAUACUUCUAUGUGGUCAUCCACUAUGGGUCAAAGGUUGCGCAAUGGCGGAAACUUGGCUACCACAAGGACCCAAGCCACGAGACUUUUAAAAAGUUGUUGGAAGCUCCUGAGGUGGAUGCAGAACAACUUGUUGCUGAACGUAUGCCCGUUCCUAAAGUCAUCAAAUGUGAUCAGCAUAGUAGUCAGGCUAGAUUUCUUCUUGCCAAGUUGAACCCUUCAGUUACCCAUAAUUCAAGGUAUGCUGCUGAAGGUUCAGAAAUUAUACUCACCGAUGAUGUUAGCUUGCAAGUUUUCAUGGAUCACUUACAAGAGUUGGCAGUGCAAGGAUGAUGACGAGUUCACAUGUAUCAGAGCUAUGGUUGUAUCAAGUGAGGGUGAAGGCUAUGCGCUCUUGCCGAAUUACUAUGAAAGAUGAUCUAUAAUUCACGUGAUUCAACGCGUUAGUGCUCAUCUUGCUUAUCUGGUGAUACUCUUGAGUCUCGACCCAAGGUUGUGUACGCAAGAGAUAGCAUGUGUUGUAACUUCGAGCAAUGGGUUUUCUCCAGUUCAAAGAUGCUUUGCCGUCCAUUGUUAAGGGGCAGUUUAUGAUUGAUACUUGGUAGUCUUAAAACUCCAAAGAAUCUGAACAUUGGAUUGCUGGAAUUAGAAAUUAGAGAUGAUGUAUUUUUAAAUGUAAAUGUAUCAGUAUUCUUUGUUCGAUCAUCAAUGUACAGUGCGAUACAUAGAAAAGCUUACGGAAUCAGGAAACUGGUGAUACUCAAAUUUUUCCGGAGAUUUUCGUCUAGUUUUUUGGCCAAAGUGCAACAAAUUUGCUUAUUUUUUUGGGUAACUUGUGAUUUUUAAA